AUGGAUCCUGCAGAUACAGAAUCUGGCUGUUCAGCGACCGCUCAGCUCUCCACUACUGCCCAGGAGGAGGAUUCGGCUUUCACUGCCCACCGCAACCACCAUGCCCGUUUACUCUUUGGCAUGCGGCAGAGAGGAGCAGAGAUCCGGUCCUUCGCCUCCAAGUUCUUGGAGGAGGCUCGUCUUGCCGGGCUUAGCGGGAAUGAGCUAAAGGUGAUAUUUUAUGCCUGCCUCGAUGAGCCUCUCAGGUCCAGUGAGGUGGAGUUGCUCAAGCCCUUGGACUUCUUCGACAUGGUCAACUUCGUCAUGAACAGGCCCGAACCCAAGUCCAGACCUCUGUCACCUGUCCCAGAGGGCCGCGUUGUCGGGAGGAUGGUCCUGGAGAGCUCAGCACCCACCACAUCAAGCUCCAUAAGCUCCGCCCCGCCAGCCAGCCUUCGGGGAAGUCGUCUGGCGAUUCGGGGAAGGGGCAUUCAGACCGGGGCGAUCAGGUUGGGGAGGUCGACUCUCAUCUCUCCAGCGCCGGAGACUACGCCUGCACCCGAUCUCCAUCCUGCAUUACCGGUCUCCGGACGGAGGAAGAAGAGGAAGAAGGACUCCUCCGCUCUUCAACUAGCUGCCACCCCUCAGUCCUCUGAGAAGCAGCAGCCUCUGUCUGCCCCGAUGCAGCCCCUGCCGUCUGCGCAGCCUCCGCUGCAGCCCCUGCCGUCUGCUCAGCCAACCGCAGCAGCCUUUGUUUCUGUCUCGUCUCCGCUGCCGUCUGCAGCGGCUCCUGUGACUAUUCCUGUCUCGUCUCCGCAGCCGUCCGCUGCGCCCCCUGUCACAGUCUCCAUGUCGUCUCCGCAGCCGUCCGCUGCGCCCCCUGUCACAGUCUCCAUGUCGUCUUCGCUGCCGGACACAGAGCCCCCUGUCAUUGUCACUGUCUCCAUGUCGUCUCCGCCGCCGGACGCGGCGCCCCCCGUCAUUGUCCCUGCCUCGUCUCCGCUGCCGGCCGCAGCGCCCCCUGUCACUGUUCCUGUUUCCCCUCAGCCUGUAAACCCUGACCUAGUUGUUCCUGCCUUGCCCCAAGCUGUUUCCUCCCCACGGAACCCUGUUAGGCCUGCCCGGCCUCCACGUACCCAACCCUCAGCUACUCCCCGGGGUCAGAAGGCUCGCCCUGUUCCCAGUCCCAUCCCUCCUCCUGUGAACGUUGUUGUUCCCCCACCCCCCCUCCCUUGUUUGUUGUUCUUGUUGUCCCACCCGAAUCCUCUAGUUGUUCUGUCUUGUCUUCCCUUGUUAGUGUUUGUCAUGUUUUCGUGGGUGCUGUCCAGUGUCCAGUCUGUCUUGUCCUGUGUCUCUCCUUGA